CACUAAUCAGUGAUUAGUAUCCCCUGUUUCAGUUACUCAGCACUAACAUUUUCCCUUUACCAACCUCAAAAGCCGCAUAACCAAACACCGUCUUAUUCUCUCUCUUUCUCUCUGUUUUUGUGUGUGAGGUGCAGCUGCUGCAGCCAUAACCAUGGCGUCCCUCUCUGCUGCGAUCUCUCGCUCCUCCUCCUCCCCCUGCUUCCCCCCUCUCAAUCCCAACACCGCUUCACUCUCACACCACCGCAACAUCUUCCACUCUCAAUGCCGCGCUUUCCCCCUCUCCCGCCCCUCCCUUUUCCUUCGAAAGGGUCUCACUUUACCACCGGGAAGAGAGUCACCAAGCACCAGGAUAUGCGCUUCAGUUGCAGAUGUUUCACUGAAUUUAUCUGUAGAGGAAAAACAGCUUCCCAAAGGAGACACUUGGUCUGUUCACAAGUUUGGUGGAACUUGUGUGGGAACCUCACAAAGAAUAAAGAAUGUUGCGGAUAUCAUUAUUAAGGAUGAUUCAGAAAGGAAAUUGGUGGUUGUCUCUGCAAUGUCAAAGGUUACAGACAUGAUGUAUGACCUUAUCAACAAGGCUCAAUCACGAGAUGAAAAUUAUGUAGCUGCACUGGAUGUUGUUCUGGAGAAGCAUACCCAAACUGCACAUGAUCUGCUUGAUGGCGAUCAUCUUGCUAGUUUCUUGUCCCAGUUGCAUCAAGACAUCAAUAACCUCAAGGCGAUGCUUCGUGCAAUAUACAUAGCUGGUCAUGCAACGGAGUCCUUUACAGAUUUUGUUGUGGGACAUGGGGAACUAUGGUCUGCUCAGAUGUUGUCUUUAGUUAUUAGAAAGAAUGGGGUCGAUUGCAAAUGGAUGGAUACAAGGGAAGUCCUUAUUGUAAAUCCUACUAGCUCUAAUCAAGUUGAUCCUGACUAUUCGUUAUCUCAACAAGGACUUGAAAAGUGGUACUCACUGAAUCCUGCUAAAGUAAUCAUUGCUACUGGAUUCAUUGCAAGUACACCCCAGAAUAUUCCUACUACACUGAAGAGAGAUGGAAGUGACUUUUCCGCAGCAAUUAUGGGUGCUCUAUUCAGGGCUCGGCAGGUCACAAUAUGGACAGAUGUUGAUGGUGUGUUUAGUGCAGAUCCUAGAAAAGUUAGUGAGGCUGUGAUUUUAAAGACAUUGUCUUAUCAAGAAGCAUGGGAAAUGUCUUAUUUCGGUGCAAAUGUUUUGCAUCCCCGCACGAUAAUACCAGUGAUGCGAUAUGGAAUUCCCAUUAUAAUAAGGAAUAUUUUCAAUCUCUCUGCUCCCGGAACAAAGAUCUGUCAUCCCUCCGUUAUUGAGGAUGAAGAUAAGCAGGACCUCCAAAAUUUUGUCAAAGGCUUUGCAACCAUAGACAACUUGGCACUUGUAAAUGUGGAGGGAACGGGAAUGGCUGGUGUUCCUGGUACAGCCAGUGCUAUUUUUGGUGCUGUGAAAGAUGUGGGAGCCAAUGUUAUUAUGAUAUCUCAGGCUAGUAGUGAGCAUUCUGUUUGCUUUGCUGUUCCUGAGAAGGAAGUAAAAGCUGUUGCUGAGGCAUUGCAGUCUAGAUUUCGUCAAGCUUUGGAUGCUGGACGUCUUUCUCAGGUUGCUGUUGUUCCAAAUUGUAGCAUUUUGGCUGCAGUUGGCCAGAAAAUGGCAAGUACCCCUGGAGUUAGCGCUACCCUCUUCAAUGCAUUGGCUAAGGCCAGUAUAAAUGUCCGUGCUAUAGCUCAAGGUUGUUCUGAGUACAAUAUCACUGUUGUUAUUAAGCGAGAGGAUUGUAUAAAGGCUUUACGGGCUGUCCAUUCCAGAUUUUAUCUCUCAAGAACCACAAUAGCAAUGGGCAUUAUUGGACCAGGAUUAAUCGGGAGCACACUACUUGACCAACUAAGGGAUCAGGCCUCAGUUUUGAAAGAAGAAUUCAACAUUGAUUUGCGUGUAAUGGGCAUAAUUAGUUCAAAGUCAAUGCUUCUUAGUGAGUCAGGCAUUGACUUAGCUAGGUGGAGAGAACUUCGAGAUGAGAAGGGAGAAGUGGCUAAUUUGGAUAAAUUUGUUCACCACGUGCAUGGAAAUCAUUUUAUACCCAACACUGCGAUAGUGGAUUGCACAUCUGAUUCCAUCAUUGCAGGCCAUUACAAUGACUGGUUGCGCAAAGGAAUACAUGUAGUUACCCCCAAUAAGAAGGCAAAUUCAGGCCCGCUUGAUCAGUAUUUGAGUCUGAGAGCGCUGCAAAGGCAAUCCUAUACACACUACUUUUAUGAAGCUACUGUUGGAGCUGGUCUUCCAAUUAUUAGCACUUUGCGCGGGCUCCUUGAAACUGGAGACAGAAUAUUGCAAAUUGAAGGCAUCUUCAGUGGAACUUUGAGUUAUAUCUUUAAUAACUUCAAAGAUGGCCGAGCUUUUAGUGAGGUAGUAGCUGAAGCAAAGGAAGCUGGUUAUACUGAGCCAGAUCCAAGGGAUGAUCUGUCUGGAACAGAUGUCGCUAGAAAGGUAAUCAUUCUUGCAAGGGAAUCUGGCUUAAAGCUAGAACUGUCAGAUAUUCCUGUUGAAAGCCUUGUGCCAGAACCUCUAAGAGAUUGUGCAUCGGCUCAGGAGUUCAUGCAACAGUUACCAAAAUUUGAUCAGUUGUUGUCAAAGAAACAAGAAGAAGCUGAAAAUGCUGGGGAAGUUUUGAGAUACGUUGGUGUGGUGGAUGUGACUAAUAAAAAAGGAACGGUAGAACUGAGAAGAUACAAGAAGGAUCAUCCAUUUGCUCAUUUGUCAGGUUCAGACAACAUCAUUGCAUUCACAACAAGAAGGUAUCAGAAUCAGCCAUUGAUAGUUCGUGGGCCAGGAGCUGGAGCUCAAGUCACUGCUGGUGGAAUAUUCAGUGAUAUUUUACGCCUUGCCUCAUACCUUGGUGCUCCAUCAUAGGCGUCAAUUCUUCUCUACAAAGCAUAAAUUUUGUAUCCAAGUCCCUAUCCUCUCUAUAUCUGCUUGUUGUAGCACUAGUAUCGUUGUAGUGCUGUAUGCUAGCUUUGCUUUCUCUUUAUUUUUAUAUAUUCUGCUAUAUUUUCCAAUAAAUUUUUAAGUAAUGAAUGACUGAGUUUGAUGAAGAAGUUGAUUUGAUGAUCUUGAAAUCCCUUGUCAGUUUGUUUAGCUCGCAUUAAAUAAUGUGAAUAGGGUUAAUGAGUUGAUUGGGAAAUGUCUCUCCAGGAUAAAA